AUGCGGAUGAUUGGAUUGAAGAGGAGGACUGGAUUAAAGACGAGGGCGUACCAGUGCAAACCAAUGAAAGUGUAAGUGUUAGGCGAGUAACCAUAUUUCGUUUUGUGAAAUGGAUAUGUUAAGUUCUCACUUAGUAGCACAACAUUUACAGUCAAAACCAAAAUAAUACGUUAUUUUACAAUUGAAACCUUGUGUUACAAAUCAUUGUUCUCCAUGUUUUUGCAGAUUGAUACUUCAGUCAUCCCAUUUAUGGCGGACAGUGAUUUGUCAGAGUAUGGAGACGGACUAUCCACAUUUUGCAGCCAAGGGAAUUACAUGGAUGCCAUAACAGAGAGCUUGAGAGGCAGAUUAGGGUCUGUUAGGGACAAACAAACCACACGAUUGAAAACUGGAUUGUUGGGGAAUACGAAUGCCAAGAAGAAACAGAGAAUAAUUGAACUAGGCUGGAUGGACUUCAAUGAAAAGGGGCAAGAGUACAAGCAAGUCAGGACAGUAAACGGUGGCGGUACAAGACACCUCUAUGUUGACAAAAAGAAAACUGUUGAAGAAAUCAAAGUAAUGGCAGAGGAAAUGUUUUUCCCAAAUGGACUUUCAAAGAAAAACACACAACUGGAGGACUAUCAUAGAGAAAUUAGGUGGAGGUACUCUCAAGUAAACAAUUCAAGCACUGUGGAGGAACUUUAUGAGGAAACCAAAGUGGGAUGUCUCCGACUCUAUCUUUUCACAAAGGCACACAAUGUCAGAGAUUUUGGGGUUGUA